UUCAAGGGGAAUAACUCUAAUAGGCAUAUUUAGUAUUACGACAUGUCGUUAAAGCUGAAGGGCUCUUUCCGGUUAUUGCAAAACCAUGCGGGGACAACAAAUAACAGUCAAUGAGUGAGAAAUGUCAGUAAACGAACAUGGACAAGUUCGUGAUCAAAUGCAAACGAAAGAAUGUAGAAGAGGACGAAAGUGGAAUAAAAUUAAAAGAGCCUCGCGUAAAUAAUGUGGAACCCUCAGUGGAUAAAGAGUUGACGUUUCGGAGGAUACGGGGUGACAAUCUGAACUGUGACUAUACCAUGUUGUACAGCCAAAAGGAAGCAGACGAGCUACUAAAAGAGUGUGAGGAAAAUCUGCAGUACAACACAGGAGAUUUGGCUAGAGUUCAUGUGUUUGGAAAAUGGCACAGCAUCCCAAGAAAGCAGGUUGCUCAUGGCGAUCCUGGCUUAACCUACACCUUCUCUGGCAUCUCUGUUCCCGCUCGACCCUGGACACCUUUACUGCUGAGGAUCCGCGAGAAAAUCAGCAAGGUUACUGGGCAGGCCUUUAACUUUGUGCUCAUCAACAGGUACAAAGAUGGGUCUGACCAUAUGGGGGAACAUCGAGAUGACGAGAAAGAAUUGGUGCCCAAAAGUCCUAUAGCCUCUUUCACGCUCGGCCAGCCACGGGACUUUAUCUUCAAGCAUGCAGAAUCACGAGGAAAAGAAGCUAAGCGAAUCAUCCUGCCCGUGAAAAUUGAGCUUCAACACGGCUCUCUUUUAAUGAUGAACUAUCCAACCAAUGUCUACUGGUAUCAUUCCCUGCCGGCCAGGAAAAGGCUGACCAGUGUGCGAAUUAACAUGACAUUUCGACAAAUGGUGAAAUUGUGAGAUGGUCCUAAUGAUUGUUUUAGUGUGUGAUCUAAAAAAUUGUAUCUUGUGAUAUUUUCCAUGGUUUAAUUAGAAGUCCUGAAUGUUUUUUAGCUCAAACUGGUAUCUAUAAUAUUGUCUGUUGUAAUCCCAACAUUUUCCACCAUCAUUAAAACCGCAUCAUCAUCAUCCAGUGUGCGGUUAUAAUCUCUGUUGAUAAACGUAUUUUCCGAAUCAACUGGAGCGAGUGACUGCUUAGGGUUUAUUGCCAUACUAAAAAAUUUUUCAAUAUUGACGACGACAUAUCAACUGGAUGAAUUCCAUUUAUUGGCUGAAAAUGGAUGGACCCAAAACAUCUGAUGUGCUACCACCCCUUCUUAUGAAGUUGCUCUGUAUUGCAUUCCCGAUGAAAACAAUUAUAACGUCACAGAAAGAUUGAACAUUUGUGACCAGUGUGUGGGACAUCCAGUUGAUUGACAGUUCGGAAAGGUCUAAAGGACUGACUCAGUUCACAAUUUGCCGCCUUUGACUAAACCACAUGACAUUUUGCACAUUGCAGUUUUGUUGAAUGCAGGACAGUUUGUAUUUUACAGAACUCCCUUGUCUUUCGCAUCGUGCAUACCUAGAUGUCUACUAUGGUAAUGGUUAGUUUCUAAGAAGCCAGGCAGUACAUUCAUGUACAGAAAAUUAACCUGAAAGGUUGUUAGAUUUCGUCUCUUUUUACCUCGCCAAUCAAAUUCUAUCAACGUACAAUUUUUGACACUAAAUUAAUGAAGCUGGGCUUCUUUGCUGCUUUGUUGACACCAGUGUUUUGUUCUACAACACGUGCUGCUUUGUUGACACCAAUGUCCUGUUC